GGCUGGCGUUGUUUCCCUCGGCCCGUAGACACCCCUUGGGGCUGGCUGGCUGCCCCUUUCCCCCGGCCCCUUCGGAGGAGUCCCGGCACCCGCUGUGGGGGGCUCCGCCCCCCCCCUCGUGGGGUGUAGCUCCUCGCCGUGUCCCCGCUCCGGCCUGAGGACCCGACUGUGUGUGGGGCGAGGGCUGGGCAGUUAGGUAAGGGUCCCGCAGAGGGUCUUGAUUCCUGCAGAGCUGGGAGCUAGGGCUUGGGGAGCGGGGACCAGCGUGCAGCUCCCAUGCACGCACCCUGCUGUAUUUAGCUGCAAACAGGUGCUGGCGUCCUGUGUGAGGGUUUUCUGUCCUGCUGCAAGUCGAGGUUAGCCUCCAAAAUAGCUUGCAAAGAGCAAAUCAGUGAACACAGGUUGCAAGCAGCAUUGCUAAUGUUGGUGUUGUGGGUGGCAACAUGCCCAUCUGUGUCGUGGCUGUGUCAUGUCUGUCAGUAGCCUGCUGACCAGCCAGGCUCUGGAGUAGCCUAGCAUAACCCAUUAGUCACUUCUAAAACAUCUGCUAAUCACUUGCUAACAAGCAAAAAUGGAAAAUGGAAACUCUUGUCAGGGCUGACGGCAUGUGUCAGGAAGGGCUUUGGUAACGGGGCUAUGCCCAUCGUAUACCUCCCUCAGCAAGGGUUUGGAGAAGGAAGAGCACGGGUUUUGAAAAGCUCAAAUGUUCAGGGGAGAGUUUCCCAAAGCCAUCAGCCCCAGGGAGUUAUCCUGCAAUUCCUGUUUGCCUCCUCUGAUAUUUGCAUUUUGUUCUUUGCUUUAGAACCACUGGGUUGCACAGAUGCUUCUCAGAUGUCCCAUGGCCCGUCAAAUUAGUUCAGCCGUGCUUGAUUUGGGGUGGUUCUGUGCAUGGGAAGUGAAAUUGGUGAGCCUCUAGUUAGUUUCUGCACUUUCCACAGAAACUAACUUGAAGCAGAAGUUUCUGAUUUUGGCUUUGUGAUAAGCACUGGUUGAAAGAACUGCAAAAAGAGCAGAAACAAAGUUCAACAGCCCUCCCCCCCCCCCCCCCGUGAUUAAUACAGAAAGUGAGUUUUGGCGUGGAAGGAAUAGGAGUGCUGAUCUAAGCAGUGUCGAAUGUUUCGGUUGGUUGGAGGUUGGUCUGGUGGUGUCAUCCUGUCCACACCCUUCCCGGGAAUGUUGGUAGCAGAUGUAAGCAAGCCAGAUCCCAUCUCUUCAUACCAGGUUCUUGCCAGCUGGCUCGCUCUUCUGGUUAGCAGAUUCAGGUAUGUGUUCAAUCCUCAGAUCAGAUUCCAGAGUGUAAGGGUAGGCAGGCCAAGCAAACCAAAGCUAUCGACAUCCCGUGGAUUGAGAGGAGACAUGGGUUACACAACCUGUGCCCUCAUGCUAGAGCUCCUUUUUUCUUAUUUUGGGUUUAGUAUCCAUAAUGUAUUGGCUCUGCCCUGGUCAGAAGUGGGCUGUGUUCCAUUUUACUUAGGGCAUGGGAAAGUCUGUCCUCAGCACCUUGUUCUUGCCCAUUUUACUCCAGCCAUCAAUACUGCACUUUCAGCUUUCUAGAGCUCUGCUGCUGUUCUUCCAGCCUGGGUCGACAUUACAAAUUGAAUGGCAGUGCACUGAGUGCAGCUCUGGCAACCUUGUUGACUGAUGUUUGUGUUUUAGUGACUGUUAUGCUGGAGGAAGGUGUUCCCUGGACAGUCCUGGAGACAGAAGCUCUGUAUUUCCAGAGCAGGUACAGUACAGACAGCAGCCAAACGAACCUCUUAUUCCAUGUCAGGCCUUUACCUUCACUUGCAGAAUGUCUCUGGGAGGGAGAGGACUGACUGGCACUUGGCCUUUCUCUUGCAACUGCUGACUAAGGAACUUGUGGUGUCAGGGUUGUUGCAAUGUAAACUUACACCUAUGCCCUAGCAAACUGGCCUGCAAAAAGCAUUGCCAGAAAAGAGCAGCAGAGAAGCUGGGUCCCUGUGCCUGGGAAACCCCUUCUGACCUGUAGAGAUCACGUGCAGAAAACAAGCACAGCUCCACCUGUAAGAUUGCCUUGGUACUGCGCCCCUCCAUCCUGCUGCAAUGAGUGGGAAGUCCUUGCUCUUGAAGGUCAUUCUCCUUGGGGAUGGUGGAGUUGGGAAAAGUUCCCUCAUGAACCGGUAUGUCACCAACAAGUUUGACUCGCAGGCUUUCCACACGAUUGGUGUGGAGUUUUUAAACCGGGACCUGGAGGUGGAUGGACGUUUUGUGACCCUCCAGAUUUGGGACACGGCGGGACAGGAGAGAUUCAAGAGCCUGCGAACCCCCUUUUACAGGGGAGCAGACUGCUGCCUGCUGACCUUCAGUGUAGAUGACCGGCAGAGCUUUGAGAACCUCAGUAGCUGGCAAAAGGAGUUUGUCUAUUAUGCUGAUGUGAAAGACCCUGAACACUUCCCAUUUGUAGUCCUGGGCAACAAGAUAGACAAACUUGAGAGACAAGUGAGCACGGAGGAGGCCCAGGCCUGGUGCAUGGAAAACGGUAACUAUCCAUACCUGGAGACUAGUGCCAAGGAUGACACCAAUGUGGCAGUGGCCUUUGAGGAGGCUGUGCGACAGGUACUGGCAGUGGAGGAGCAGCUAGAGCACUGCAUGCUGGGCCACACCAUUGACCUGCACUCUAGCUCCAAAUCAGGGUCUUCCUGUUGUUAAGAGUGGCUGCUGCUUCGGGAACAUCACUCGAGCUGGCAGCUGGAUCAGAAUAACUGCGGGAAGCUCUGCAGCACUCUAAGGACAGCGGCCACAAGGACAGUAGGUGGUUUGCUCACUGAGGAGUUGCAGCCUCACCGUCUGAAUUCUGGCUGGAGGUUUUGGGCAGAGAGCAUGUAUCUGCAGGAGGGAGCUGUUAAGAGAGCAUGUGAGCAUAGUCCUGCUUCCAUCUCUGCCUGUUUUAGCAGGUUUAAAGGACUGGGUUAAAGUCCUUUAAAUUCACUAAAGACAGUAGUGAUCUGAUCUGUACCAAGAACUGCCUGUGGAACAAAGCUGACAGAGCUCUAGACACUCUUUGAAGUAUUUUAGUCCUGAACUCAAAAAAAUACUAGACCCACUAAACUUACGACCUUACUGCUUAAGGAAAGUCUGCUCAGCAUACUGAACAAAACCUGUUGUAGAGACUUUAGCCCAUGUGACUGUGAGAAUGCCAAAUACUAGAGUGGCUGAGGUGUGUGUAUCUGUUGUUUGGAGUAAGUGCAUUGUGUCCUAAGACUGAAUUGUGCUGAGAAUUGUUAGAGCUCUGAUCUGAAGCAGCAUACAAAGGACAGAUGGACCUGUGUUUGAAUGUGGCAGCAUUGCUUCUUCGUAGCUGCCUAUUUCUGGUCUGUUUUUCCUCACCUCUAACUUUGUCUUGUGUGAGUGUUAUUUUGUAGAGAGACUGUCUGCUUCUUGUUUAAUAUAUGUUUCCUUGUCUCUUCUGGAGUCUCAACACUGGAUCUUGCUUCUCAUACCUUGAAGCCCUGGAUGAAAAAUACCGAUAUGGACACUCACUGAGUCGUGUCAAAGGGUUUAGAGUUACUCAGGAGUCCUGGAGAUCUGGAGCGUAAAACUUCAGCUGGUUUCUGUCACAAGUAAUUGCUGUGUCCAGAUGGUAUGCUCUAGCAGACCAGAUGGUAGGUGGGUCGGAUGUCUGUUAGGUGUGCAGGUGGAGAAGUCAUGCAUGGUCAGCUCUUAAAUCCACUCACUUGAUGUGCGGGGCUGGUGACCACUGUGCUUCGUUAGCCGUUGGAUCAGCAUCUUCAGUUGCUUUAGCACAGAUAUCCCCGUCUGGAUGCUGCAACACAGAACCAUUAACUUUAUUACCUGCUGUGUCAGGUGCAGUGCUGCUGAGCACGGUUAACUCAUGCUGUUGUCCUGGCCCUUACUCCCUAACGGGGAAUCCAGUACAUUUUUAUCUGUAAUUCCUAUGACAGACUUUAGUGGUAGAGGAUGUCCACUCAGAUAACUGGCCUUUGUUAAUGGCUGCUGUAUUCAGUCCAUUGGGGAGAGAGCUGCACUGGUUCCACCUCUGUUCAAGGUGGCUGAAAAAUGGUAUGGGAGGGGGCAGGGAACUUUCUAGAAAAGGACACCAGGCUUUGCUGAUCCCAGCUCCUGCCCCCUGCUAGGUGUAAGUCCCAAGCUAUCUGUAUAGCAGAGAUGAGUGCUUGCUGAGUGCUGUCUUUACCAUUAUAACCUCAUGUCCUGCAACUUCCCAUGCAAGCAUUUGUCCAAAACUGACUUUGCCCAUAAGCACACGGGAACCUGUCACGAGAAUAGCUUCCCUCAGUACAUAUCCGCUAGCUGCUGAAUGCGAUUUCCACUGUGAUGAGCUACUGGAUGGUAAAUUUCGUAGUUCAAAUCAAGCAGCAUCACUUGUGCUUUUGAGCAGGGCUCUGCUGUCAUGCUGGCUGUUGGCAGCUAAUCCCCAUUGUCAAGCAGUCUCUGAGCAUGCAGGGAGUCUCCUCUCACUCAGGGUGAUCCUGCCCUUCUCUGUAGGGCAGCCAUGUGUGGAAGGGACUGAAGCUUUAACCCAAAGUGCUUUAGAGGGACCUGAUUUCUAAACAGGGCUUGAACAUUCAUAUUCAUGGGGAUAGAUAGGGAGUGUUUGCAGUCUCUGGAAAGUCAGAUCCAUUGAGGUAUAAGAGAAGGCUCUGCCUCCAUAGGUGCAACAGAUUUUUACAGGAUAUUAAAGUUAUUGUUAUUGUUUAUUUACCAAUGUCGGACCUCCCGAGGCCUCUAGAUUUUUCUUCAGUUUAACACUGCUUGAUAUUUCCUUUGAGAUCCCAGACUCUGUGACCUGUGGUUCUGAUUUACAUCUCUGUGGUGGGUUGACCCUGGCUGGGGGCCAGGUGCCCACCAGAGCCGCUCUAUCACUCCCCUUUCACUAGAAAGGGGAGAAAAGGUAUAACAAAAAGCUUAUGGGUCAAGAUAAGGACAGGGAGAGAUCACUCACUAAUUAUCAUCACAAGCAAAACAGACUGAACUGAGAGAGGAAAUUCAUGUAAUUCAUCUACUAAGCAAAACAGAGUAGAGGAAUGAGAAAUAAAACCAAAUCUUAAAACACCUCCCCUCACCCCUCCCAUCUUCCCAGGCUCAACUUCACUCCCAGCUUCAACCUCCGCCCCCCCUCAGCGGCACAGGGGGACAGGGAGUGGGGGUUACGGUCAGUUCAUCACACGGUGUUUCUGCCACUUCUUCAUCCUCAGGGGGAGGACUCCUCUCAUCGUUCCCCUGAUCCAGCAUGGAGUCCCUCUCACGGGCUACAGUCCUUCAUGAACUGCUCCAACGUGAGUCUCUCCCACAGGCUACAGUCCUUCACGAACUGCUCCAGCGUGGUCUCUUCCACGGGGUGCAGACCUUCAGGAGCAAACUGCUCCAGCGUGGGGUCCCCCACAGGGUCACAAGUCCUGCCAGCAAACCUGCCCUGGCGUGGGCUCCUCUCUCCACGGAUCCACAGGUCCUGCCAGGAGCUUGCUCCAGCGUGGGCUUCCCACGGGCCACAGCCUCCUUCAAGUGUCUCCACCUGCUCCGGCGUGGGGUCCUCCACAGGCUGCAGGUGGAAUCUCUACACCCCCUCAUCCUUCCUCCAUGGGCUGCAGGGGGACAGCCUGCUUCAUCAUGGUCUUCACCAUGGGCUGCAGGGGGAUCUCUGCUCUGGCGCCUGGAGCACCUCCUCCCCCUCCUUCUUCACUGCCCUUGGUGUCUGCAGAGUUUCUUACAUCUUCUCGGACUCCUCUCUCCGGUUGCAAAAGCUCUCUAACUUUUUUUUUUCCUUCUUAAAUAUGUUAUCACAGAGGCACUGAUUGGCUUGGCCUUGGCCAGCGGCAGGUCCAUCUUGGAGCCGGCUGGCAUUGGCUCUAUCAGACACAGGGGGAGCUUCUAGCAGCUUCUCACAGAAGCCACCCCUGUAGCCCCCCCCCACUACCAAAACCUUGCCACACAAACUCAACACAAUCUCUGAGCAGACACUUUCCCCUGGAGCUGGUUUGCGCAGAGGCCCAGGCUCCGAACAGGCUCAGGCCCUUGUCACGCUGCCCAGGUCUGCAGAGGGAGCUCCCUGCUGAUGAAACUGCCGCUUCCCCAGCACGGAUCCUGUGUGAUCUGUGUAAGGACUGGCACCUCCUGCGGAAGAGGGCAGAGACUGAACAAUCCACGGUGUAGGCGGUACGAGUGCAGCAUGCUGUUUGCAGUACCCUGGGUGUGUGUUGAUGAUGAUAGCUGAACCUUAAGAGCCUCAUUGUGCACCAGCUGUCCAGAUGGUGUGUAUUGCCAGAGGGUGUCACACAGCAUCUUUUAUUCCUUACAGACAUUGGAUCGUUGACUUUAUAAAAAACCCAACACAACUAUUUUAUUAGGCUUAUGUGUUUUAAAAAUCCAUUUUUAGAAAUAAGUAUGCUAUCAUAUAUUUAAAUUGUUUAAUUUAUUUUAAAUGAUACGCACAAUUUCCAAAGGAGCCGGGAUUUUGAACUAUUUGUUGCAAAGUUCAGUGCCAACAGCCAUCCCCCUCCCUAUGUCCACUCAUGCUGCUGCGGUUGUUGCUGUGGCUACGGAACUGAAAUUGUAAAACCGAGAUUCUACCUUUAUUCAAGCAAAUAAAACAUGGAUGUAUUCAGGUGAAUUCAGGAA